AUGAGGAGUCUGCUGGCACCACUGGUGGUGAUUCUGGCCCUGGCAGCACUCUGCUGUUGUGAGGAAGAUCCCCAAGAACCCUCAGAUUCCCCCGGUGCUGACAGCAUCAAGAUUAAAAAAGAAGUUGCCAAUACCUUUGUGAAGAGGCAGAAGAGAUCCAGCCUGUAUGAAUGGUACUCUGAGUAUUACAAAAGUCCAAUGGAGCAGAUGCAUGAGCGCUGUGAAAACUACCCUCCCUGUGAUUAUCUCUCUGACCAAAUAGGAUUUUACAUGGCCUACAACCGUUUUUUUGGGAGAUAA